UAUCGAAGUACCAAAGGCCCGAUAGUUUUAGUGAAGUCGAAUCUUUUGCUGUUUUGUUUAUAAAUUAGACAAAAUAAUUGUUUCCAUUGCAAGCUGCCAGCUACUGAAUAUAGCCAGCUGAAUAUAUGGAAAAUAAUUGAUGGAGCUACAGAAAACAUAGAUACUCUUACGCCUCCAUCCAAAAUUCAAGGCAACGCAAGGAUCUUUUUAGGAGUUUUUGUUAAAGUCUUAUAUUGUAAGCGUGCAGUAGAUAGGCGUAUCAUUAUACGAACGAACUUGCGGGGACGAAAAGGGAGCAGCCGAAUCAACAAACAGGGGGUUCCCCGGCUUACGAUCCUCCUGGUUUUCUAGUUGGUCUCCUUCGAAGCACACCCAAAGAUGCGGAGAUACAUUGCACUCUUGGGGUUUAUCCUAACCCUAAGUGGACAGUUUAACCUGCUGCUGGCCGUUAAGGACAAAAACUGCGUGAAACUGCUAGACGAACUUGGCGAUGCCCAGAGCAAGUUCAUCUACUGCGCCACCACAAAAUCGGUGCCAGUGAACCUCUGUGAGGGAUGCGUUGAUCUCUACCGGAAUCUCGCCAGGGAUUACGGAAAGCUAAUUGCGAACGCCACCUGUUCCAAGCAGUACCUGAAUUUGGACAGGAUCAAUAUAGUGGCCACCACCGAAGGAAUCCUCACUAGCCUGUGGCAAAAGGCCAACUGCGAAAAUUGCUUCAGGGAUAAUUUUUGGAAUUUAUACGACCAAAUAUCAAUACAGUUGCGAACAUGCUUGGAAUCUACUAGCCCGGAUCUAGUUUGCUUUCAUUGCAAAAACGAUUACGUGGCCCUCAAUGAUUUCUACCUUAGCAUGGAAAAGAAAGUGGGUGGAAAUGUGUGCUUUGAUCUCCAGGACAAUAUGAACCGCACUCGGCUCAAUUGGUCGAAAACACUGAAAUGUUGUCAACGCGAGGUGAAGCUCACCAACUUCCUUAUCGCCGUGGGCGUAGUUGUCCUGCUGCCCAUUUUCACCUUCUAUAUCACGGCGAUUGUAGUGACCUUGCGCCGGGAGUCCAAUCAUGGUUUGCUUAAUGAGCAGGAACCUGGACUGGACGCGCCCUCCACGUCGACGCUGAUCACGGCUGCCGUGCUGUCGACGCCAGUAGAAGAUCCUGCUGUAAUCUCCGCCAGAAUGGAAAAAGUCGCCGAUCUACUGAGCGGAGCUGGAACUCACCUCCUGGACGAAUCAAUGGACGAAGAACCUGCUCUUAGAAAAAAAGUCUGUAUAAGUCCGGAAUCCGACUACUCCAGUGAUGAUGAGCCUCUUGUUCUGCCGAAGCCCAAACGAGCGUAACAAAACCAGGUAGUGUGUCCAUAAGGGGAGCUUCCGAAAUCAGUGUAAAAUAAUAUUUUUUAAAUAGCAGAACCUAGAGAAGCAAAACUGUAAGCUUUCAAAGUAUUUUAGCUUUUCUGCUUCUUAUAUUGCCUCUUUUAUCAUAUAUUUCGGAAAAUUAUAUCCGCCUUGUGCCUACCAAACAUAAUACACUUUUAUAUAUAACAAAUGUAUAGCCCUAUACAUAUGUGAUAUCAUAUUUAUAUUAAAGACAUAGCUGUCAAGCGAAAUGUAUAA